CAAGAGUACAAUGAAUCAUCACCCACUAUAAAACCCCCUCAGAUUAGAAUCUAGUUUUAUAUUCAUCAGAUGUUUUCGUUUGUGUCCGUUGUUCUCCUUGUGGCUAUCAUUGCCCACACGCAAGCGCUCGAAUGUUACCAAGGAGAAGCAAACGCUAAUCAGCCAGUGACAAAACAGACGUGCCCGCCCGAAACGAAAUAUUGUUAUACAAUCAAACAUCUCGGAAGCAGAUACGGCUGUGAUGACGUCGGUUUAUGCAAGGGUUGCACGAUAGAAAGGAGAGCUCGUACUUGCUGCAGAACAAUUUCUGAAGAUCCUUUCUUUGUUCGCACAGUAUGCUGCUGUGCUUCUGAUCGUUGCAAUAGAGGCUAAGCAAAGAUACUACAAUAAGUUGUAUCAGUACUCUCCCAAUUUUGGGCUUUUUUGGGCGGAAUAAAUUUGUUUGCAAU